UUUCGCCCCGUGCUCGACCGCUGGGAGGCGGCGCCGUCCUAACCCUAGCGCCGCCUGCCUUCUCCCUCCCCUCCGGCGCCCUCUGGUCGGAAUCUGCCUCCGCCGUCCGUGUCCUCCAGGCAUAUCCCCUUCUCUAUCCCCGCCAGCCCCCAAACAGUCUCCUCCUCAGGCUCCCACCUCCCCUCCUGCCGGUGAAUCUCGACGCCUACUGACGUUGAACCUGGAGUCGUAGCCGACCCGACCCGGUGCUUCUCCUUCGACGCCGCCUGUUAACAUGUCUUUCUCCGAAGAUGCCGUUGCUCCAUCGGGUCCGGCUGGUCGCUUCAUCGGCGGCGGGCGCAGCCAUCGGGGGAAAUAUUUGUGGGAGUAUGUUCCGGAAGGCAAGGACCGACGUCUAGUUCACUGCAUCGGCCUCCACUACGGAGCCCCUUCCCUAAGGUGUGCCGUCCUUUUCCUUCUUCCUACAGCGAGGUCCAAUCGUUCCACACGGGCAGCGGAUCUGUUUUUGUGUCUUUUCCCAAUGAGAGGUCUGACACCCUAGAUGCUGCAAGUCCAUCCGACAUCGGCUCUUGUUCUAUAUUCCAAGAGAAACAAGCAGGCUUCACAAUGAACUGGGCCGAUGGGCUUUACCCUAACGACUCUUCUGGCUCAGUUAUUCUCAAUGAUGUUGUACUAGGAGUACUGGAUCUGCUCAAGUCCCACGAGCGUAUCAUAUAUAUCGAUGUUGGAGUACACCAUGUGGACGGUGUUGAAAAGUCCUUCAUCAGAUCUAACAAGGUGAUGACGAUAUCAUUUAACAAGUAUGGGGACUUCAGCAGCUACAUGUCCACUGACAUUGGAGUUGGUCGUGGUAAACACCAUGCGCUGAAUGUGUCUUUGGGUGUGAGAACAAAGGAUGAUGAUUUUAUUGGUCUGUUUCAAACCAUAAUUCAAAAAGCAAUCUCAGUGUUUAAUCCCAAUCUCAUCGUGCUCCAAACAGGGAUAGAAUCCCUAGCUCCUGAUCAUGCAGAUUGUUUCAGCCUUUCGGCUGAGAGCCACCUCCGCUGUUUGUCUAUUUUGCGAAUCUUUGGCCUGCCCAUAAUGAUUCUUGGAAAUAUUGUCCACUGCUGGUGUUCUGAGUCUGGUCUACUUGGCAAGUAUAAUUUUGGAGAAAAUCAAAGUGUAAAUGAUAAUGUGGUGAAAUUGAAUAACACAGAAAAUCUGGAUGAGAUAAGAGAUAGAGUGUUAUCACAUUUAGCCAUCAUUGAGGAAGUUCCGAUCAAAGGGUUCAAAGAUACAAAUGAACUUCAAACUGAGAUGAUUGAUGAUAUAAUUGAUGAUGAUAUUGACUGGGAUCGCGAAGCGUAUGACUUUGUUGAAGGAUUGUCGGCAAGACCCAAAGCUUGGAGCAAUCCCUUUGCACGACAGGCAGCUAAGGCAGUGAACAGAAUAGGCAGAGGCUUGGGAUCCCAACAAUCAGUCUUGAUGGAAUACAAUGACAUGCUGAAUCCCUACACAGAUUUCCUAAACUAUGUUGGGCACUUCGAUUCCGUGUCUGAUGGAUGUGUAACUCCAGCCUUAAGAACUAUCUCGACUGCCUCCAGAACUAUAGGUAGUGUCUCUGCAUUUGCUGGAUCCAUGCUGAAGUAUGGUGCUCGAGCCCUCGGUAAACAUGGUCGUAGCUUUCAGAUGAUUGCACGUCCAGAGGCUGGACUUCUGGGUGAUGGUCCUAAACGUGAACAGGUCCUGUUGGUUACAAGUCUGGAAGAAGUUCAGGCCGUCAUUACCAAAUGGACUUAUGACGAAUUGCAGGAUGUAAAAGUGGAUGUUCCUGAAGACAUGCCACUUGAGGAGGCAGAAACAAUUGGAGCAUAUUUGAAUAUCGCCAAGGCUACUGAGCUGAUCAGUGAUAAAAGUUUCCUGAUUCAGAAAAUCAAACGAUCUGUUUUGAAGCGUUAGUUAGUUUAAUAUGCAGAGAGGACAAUCAUUUUGGAAGCGUUAGGAUAACAUCUAUAUUUUUGAGGCAGUGGGUCUCACUU